AUGGACAGUACAGAGUCUGGGGUGGCAGGGGAGGGUCACGGUGUCUUGGAUUCUAUAUACCUGAGGACUGGAGCUGGACACUGGAGACCCCAGGACAUGACCUCUCACCUCCAGACCACACAGAGCAGCUUCCACCUCUCUCAGGUGCUACCUUCGCUUAGUGAUGAUGAGGAGGAGGGGAGGGGGAGGCCUGCUGCCCUGGGGCCAAGAGGAGGUCCAUGUGGGGACUCCUCUGCACCUCCUGGUCCUCCUGGUCUGUCAGACAUGAGUCAGGGUGAGAAGGAUCCUCUCUCCACCUCUCUGGAGGCUAAGUACCUCUCUCAGAGCUUCCACCAGGAGGACUCCUCUGACAGCGACUGGAACCACUGUCCUGAUAACCUGGACUUCCAACCGGCCUCUCACAGUGUGGUCUACCAGAACGAGGAGGGGAAGUGGGUGACUGAUCUGGCUUACUACUCGUCCUUUGAGAAGGAGGUGGAUGGAAACCAGCUGCCGGAGGUAGCAGACCAGUUCCAGGCUGAGGACUUCGUUCCAGGCAGUAACGCCAUAGAUAAGAUCAUAGAGGACCAGAAGGAGUUUGAGAAGGAGAACCAGUUCAUGCAGGAGGAGGUGAUGGAGCCUGCCUCCACCAGCCCAGGUCUCCUAUCUGACACGUCCUGGAGACUCCCAGCCAGCAGCCACAUCCUGAUGAGGGCCAGCCAGGUGUCCCAGGAGCUGGACAGAGGGAACCAGAGCUACCUCCGUCUGUCUCUGGGGACCUUCUUCCAGCAGCGCUCUGAGGCCCUGGGCUGUCUAGGGGACGACCGGGAGGACGAUACAGGCAAACGGUUGAGGAAUACGAGGCUUUGGUCCGGGAAACCUGCCCGCGGUGCGUAG